UGAAAUAGUCAAACGCAGAAUAUAGUUACUAGUAUUUGUCAAUGAUUGUAAGUUUUAGCUCCUUUGACAAGCGGAAGUGAUGUGCACGUUGUAGUCUUUGCUAUUUGGUGGCCUCUAUCUAUUUCCGUUCUUUCUCGAGAAGUUGUGUACUAGGGAAGUGUUCAUUAUGUCGGCCCACCUGAUGUGGAUGAUCAUCCGGAACAACAAUGCAUAUCUUUUGAAGAAGAGCAAUAUUAAGAAACCUUUUAGUACAGAAUCAAAUAAUCUUAACAACCUCAGCUCUUUCCGAUACAGUGGACUGAUCCACAAGAAGAGCGUUGGUAUAGUGGCUGCACCAGAUAACAAGGGAUUCAGUGUAGUAUACAAGAAAAGCAGGGCCUUGCAUAAACCUGCAAAGUCUGUGGUGAGAAGAACAAUGAAAGCUGGUCCUCGGCGUUCUUUGUAUAAGCUGAAGAGGUUGCUGAAAGCUAAUAAAUAUAGAACAGACCUGACCAAGGCAGCGCUACGCAGAGCCAGUGCAGUUUUGAAGUCGCAGAAGCCACUAGCAGUUAAGAAAGCACAUGCAAAGAAAUCUGAUUAAGACUUGUAUUCUGGUAUGGCAUAAUAAAGGCUCUUUACUUGCAUGAUU